AUGUCAUAUGUCGCUAACAAUAUAUUUGAAGAAAAGAAAAAAGCAAAAGAGAAGGGCACACCUAUAGAAUCUUCCACAGUUGGCUACCAGAAGAAUAGACAAGUUUUUAAUGAUGAACUAGAGGGCAUUUUGACAAAUGUCAAUAUUGCUACCUCAUCGACAUCAAAGGAGAAAUUAGGCAUAGAUGAUGUUUUGAGUUUGACUAGUUCAAAAGAGUACUGUGAUUCCGACCAAGAAAGUAUAGAGUCAUCAGUAUCACAAAUGUCAAAACUAAAUCAGCUAACAAUGGAUUCAUGUGUUAAUAAUAUAAAAGCGUUUGGUGUAAACGGAAAGAAGUAUGGACAAUUAAAUAAUGCUAUCAUGUUAAUGAUUUGCAAGGAUACAUUACCAUUAAGUACAGUUGAAAAAGAAGGUUUCCAAUAUUUAAUGAAAAUAGCAGUGCCUUUAUACAAACUUCCUUCACGGCAGACAAUUACACAAAUGAUUGAUGACACAUAUGAUUUUCUUUCUUUGCAAUUCAGAGAAAAGCUAUUAGACGUCGAGUCUAUAUGUAUGACUACAGAUAUUUGGACAGAUACACAUAAGGAGCUACAUGGGGUUAACUGGACAUUUUAUUUAUGA